AUGGACCCAGGAUUCUGUCCCGAGUGUGGCUCAAUUUUGCCUCUGCUCAAAACAACAAAUAAAGUUCUCUGUUACAACUGCCAAAGUGCAUUUGAUGCUGCAGCUUUCGGAACAAUGGAAACAGAGUAUACGAUUCAUUUCAACUCUUAUGAAAAUAAGAAAUCGGAUCAAGCAGACCGCACUGAGGGAGAAGCAGCAGAAGGGCCAAUUGUAAACAGGCAGUGUCCCAAGUGUGGUAAUGAUCAGAUGUCGUAUGCCACUUUACAACUUCGGUCUGCGGACGAAGGGCAGACUGUAUUUUUCACAUGUACUAAAUGCAAGUACAAAAUGUCGGAAAAUUCAUAG